AAUAUCGAGACUGUCGCCUAUCCAUCCGACCAGUUGAAUUUUUAUUCACAGCAACACUUCACCCACUUCUUCCCUCUCCCUUCUAAUCCAAGUUUUCAUCACUUCAUUUCUCCGAUUUUCUCCCAAAAUCAGCUCUCCGCCAAAACUCACAUGAUUCAGUAAUGAAACGAGCUCAUAUCAACCGAAAAUGUUCAUUGCCCCUAAUUUUCGCUUCCAUUUCAGCCCUCAUACUCAUCUUCAUCUCUAUUCUAUCCCACCUCAAACCCAAUAAUUCCUCUUUCCCCACCCCCAUCUCCGAUCCCCCAGACUUCCCCCAAUUGCCGCGAUUCGCCUACUUCAUUUCCGGUACAAGCGGCGACGGCGCGAGGCUGAGGCGGCUGCUUCAGGCGUCGUACCAUCCGCGGAAUUACUAUCUCCUCCAUCUCGAUUUGGAGGCCUCCGACUCCGAAAGGCUAGACCUCGCCAAGUAUGUCAAGUCUGCACCACUAAUUCGGAGCUUCAGGAAUGUGAUGGUGAUGGGGAAGGGCGACUUGGUCACUCCCAAGGGCCCCACGGAGAUGGCCUCCACGCUCCACGCCAUCGCCCUUCUGCUCAAGCAGCCCAACCGCUGGGAUUGGUUUGUCAACCUUGGUGCUUCCGAUUAUCCGCUUAUGCCUCAGGAUGAUUUGCUGCACAUUUUCUCCUACUUGCCGAGGGAUCUGAAUUUCAUUGAGCAUACUAGUGACUUUGGUUGGAAAGAACACCAAAGAGCUAGGCCUAUACUAAUUGAUCCUGGAUUGUAUCACUCAAAGAAAUCUGGUGUUUUCUGGGCCAAGGAGAAAAGAUCAUUGCCUGCUUCUUUCAAAUUAUUCACUGGUUCUGCCUGGGUGGUUCUUUCAAGGUCGUUUCUUGAGUUUUGCAUCUGGGGAUGGGAUAAUCUCCCACGCACUCUCCUCAUGUACUAUACAAAUUUCCUCUCAGCUUCAGAGGGAUAUUUCCACACCGUGAUGUGCAAUCACAAGCACUAUCAGAACACAACGGUUAACCACGACCUGCACUUCAUAAAGUGGGAGGACACUAGGAGGGAACAGGCCGUGAAUUUGACCCUAGACGACUUUGAGAGGAUGGUGGAAAGUGGGGCCCCAUUCGCUCAUAAAAUUGGGAGCGACGCUGUUCUUAAUAAAAUCGACAGAGUUCUACUGAGAAGAUCAGCCAGCCAGUUUACACCCGGGGGUUGGUGUAUGGCUAGUAGCUAUGGGCGUAAACAGGAGGAUUCUUGUCUGGUUUAUGCUAGUUCAGAUGUCACUAAACCAUCUUCUAGUUCGAAAAGGUUGGAGAUGCUUGUGACUCACCUGCUCGAUAACGAUCAAUUUCGUGGAAAACAAUGUAAAUAAUCUUUAUUAUCCUUGUCCUAACGAUGAAGCAAGCCCCUGUCGAUAAACAAAGAGGUAAAUGUGCAAGCAAUUGAUAAUAUCAUCAUUGCGUA